AUGGACGAACAUCUCGAUGCUGAUAACCCUCCCGUUGACCAGAAUGUUGGGGGCGGCCCCACUGAGAAUAACGACGCCGGGGGUAGUCCCACUAAUGCUGAUAACACUAGGGGUGGUCCCAAUGCAGAUAAACUAGAAUUGACUAAGGUAUUGAAGAAAGCUACAAUGGAUGAUAGAACAGUCAUAAUCACAGUACUAAACGAAGCAUGGGCACUGCCCGGGUCAAUCUUCGAUCUUUUUCUUGAGAGUUUCCACAUUGGUGAGCAAACAGAAAAGCUUCUGAAUCAUUUGGUGGUUGUGGCAAGGGAUCCUAAGGCAUUUAGACGGUGCAAAUUGAUUCAUAAGUAUUGCUUCUUGGUUCAGACUCAAGCCACAGAUUUUUCGGGGGAGAAGAGCCAUGAUUAUUUGAAGUUUAGGAGUCUUGAACUUCUCACAUCUGUUCUAGACCUUGGAUAUAAUUUUAUAUAUACGGAUACAGAUAUUAUGUGGUUAAGAAACCCUAUAUCCCACUUCUCCAAUGAAGCACAAAUAACGAUAGCAAGUGAUUACUUCUGCGGCAAUUCUUCGGAUCAACGUAAUCAAGCUAUUUGCGGAUUUCUUUAUGUGAAGUCAAAUGGUCAAACAAUUGAAUUUUUCAAGUAUUGGAUAAUGUCAAGAACGGUUUAUCCUAACAAAAAUGAGCAGCAAAUAUUCAACAUCAUCAAGCAAGACGGGUACGCCACACGAUUAGCACUGGAGGUGAGAUUUUUAGAUACAACUCAUUUUGGCGGUUUGUGUUACCCUAACAAAGAUUUGAGUAAAGUUUGCACAGUACAUGCAAAUUGUUGCGUUGGUGUCAAAAGAAAAAUACAUGAUUUGAAAAUCUUUCUUGAGGAUUGGAAAAAUUAUACGAGUCGACCAGAAGCAGAGAGAAAACGGAGCGGUAUCUCUUGGAGAGUUCCUGAUAAGUGUAAGUUGUCUUAGUCUGUUACGUGAGAACUGAGAAGAAA